AUGAAUGAAGAGCUUCAAGCUCUUCAAGAGAAUUUCACAUGGGAUAUUGUCUCUUGUCCUCAUGAUGUCAAACCUAUAGGUUGCAAAUGGGUGUAUUCUGUGAAAUUAAAUUCUGAUGGAUCCCUUAGCCGUUACAAGGCUCGUUUGGUUGCUUUAGGAAACAAGCAGGAAUAUGGAAUUGAUUAUGAUGAGACAUUUGCAUCGGUUGCCAAAAUGACAAUUGUUCGCACGAUCAUCUAUAUAGCUGCUUCUAGUGGGUGGUCUCUUCAUCAAAUGGAUGUGAAGAAUGCUUUUCUUCAUGGUGACCUGACAUAA